CUAUCGGGUAGCAGCUGGGGUUUUGUCAAGACUGAGAUCACAAAUAAGGGUCUCCGUGUCAUGACUGAGACAACUUCUGGGAAUUGGGAAACGUCGGACCUUCAGCUUAGGAGCUACUUUCCUGUACAGUAUGUCGUUUCGGGAGAUCUGCGAUUCAAAUUCUGGACCAACUUCAUAAAUGGUGUAGACUGGAUGCAACAAACACUACACAUCAUAGGAGAUAAAACACUUUCACAAAUUUCAAUUCCUGGAAGCCAUGACUCCGGAAUGUCUGUCAACAGUGGAGGUACAUUCGCCGCGACCGAUGGCGUUGUCCAAACUCAAUCUUUAAAUAUCAUGCGGCAACUGGUAGAGGGGAUAAGAUAUUUCGAUAUUCGACCAGUGCUUGGCAAUGGGAAGUGGUAUUGCGGGCAUUACGGGGAUACUGGGAAUUCUACACUAGGCUGGCAGGGCAGAAAGGACAGACUCUGGAUAGCGUUGUGGAGCAGAUCAACAAGUUCUUUUCCGAACAUCAUGAACUCGUUAUUGUCAAUUUGUCACAUGGGUACGACACAGACAAUGGCUACACUCCUCUCACAGAGAAGCAUUGGGAUGACGUCUUCGACAUCUUUGUGAAAUUGCAGUAUCCAUUCAAGGCACCAAUAGUGGACAAACGUCCAAAACUCGAUACUAUAACAAUGAGCCAAUUCAUAGGACGUAUACGUUUUUUCAGCUUAAGG